UUCUCUGUCCGAACACAUGUGCUGAAGACUCAGUUAUUGUGCGAAGAUAAUCGUCACAUUCUUAAUAUAUAAGUAGACUUGGUGGCGUCGCAAACCAAAUACAUUGAGAGUCAUGUCAUUAUUUUCUUCCCCGGGGCUCACUCGAUUAUAUUUUUCAUAUAUCGAAGAAAUUUUAUUAACCAUGAUAUAAUUCAUGAAUCGAUCAUGUAUUAAUACACAGUUUUAUAUCUGUAAAAUCUUCCAAAAAUGGUGAAAAAACUAUUGAAAACAUGUAUGCGGUUCGCGUAAUUAAAAACGCAGUGAAAUGUUUGAUAGACUUUGAAUAAGUCAUUAUUAUUCUACAACCAAUUAUUUUGUUGGUUAGUUCAUUAUUUUCUGUGAAAGGCAUUCGCAAAAAUAAGUCAGAUUAAUUCUUGUAAUGGUAAAUGAUUAUGAAAUUUUUAAUAUCGAUGUCAAAAAUCUAAAUUAUUGUAUUGCAAUGAAAUAGCAACUCUAUUGAAUUAAAACGUGUGUAGUAUUUUAGGUUCGAUAACCCAAAUUUCUGAACUUGGUACUCCUAAAAGGGUAGCUGCAUAUGUAUCGCACGAUUGCUUCUAGAGUGUUUUUCAUUUUGUCACCAAAAAUUACCUAAGACAUACAUACAACGGUGCAUGAAAUACGAUUUCAAGAAUUAGUAACUCCUCAAUUCGAUGACGUACUAAAUCGAUAACCAUAAACCUUAGUUUAUGGUAGAUAACCAUAAACCAUAAGUCUUAGUUAUAUAUAGCCGGGAAUAUCCGAGAGACAAGUCUCAUCUAACUCACUAAAAAAUUGUUAGCAGUCUCAUCGUGAUGAAUGGUGUGAGUUGUGUAUAAGGAGCGUGGUCUCAUUAGUCCAUUGGAUGCUGGUAAUGAAGUUGAAAUGCUUUUUUGACCAGUCCGGUUCGUAGAAUUGGGUCGAAUUGUAGGCGCUUGCGAGGAUAUCUUUGGACCCUCUUUUCGGUGUCGUUCACCAAAAGUUUCUACCAUAUUGCUUGCUGCAACCGCUAAUGAACAAGUAAAUAAUUGUACGAACACAAAUAGGUAUGAAUAUUUGAAUUAUUUACCUAACCCUGAUUCAGCUUUUUAUAGUGCCGUUAUUUAUUGCAGCUCGAUCAAUGUUAUACUUCCGUGUACUCUAGCUAAGCUAAAUGUUAAAUCGUCGGAACUCGAUGUGAAUUAAAUUUUGAUGAUAUUAUAAAGUUGCAUUGAUCUACAAAAAACUGAAUAUGUUGCAAAACAAAACAAAAGAAGUUUGCUGUUACAGCUGUCGUCAUGACGAGAUCAUAACACGACACUUCGUAAUGCAACAAUUUACGGGGUGAUCUUUUUUUGUCAGCAGUACUUUUUGAGAAAUUUUGUGGAAAUAAUCGCACUGUUUUCAAAACCCACCGUAACGCUGGGGGAAAAAUAUUUCGGUGAGAAAAUCUGAAAACAAUCCGGAGGAUUCAACAUUAUCGGACGCAACUUUUUAUUGUCUUGAUGUUUUUCGGGAACCCUCUCUUUAUAUUCGUACUAUACAUGCGAUUUUUCAAACUUUGUUUUUCCAAAAAAAAUGGGAUAAUUUUGGAACAAAAUUGAGCAAGUUAAAAAAAAACAAAAUCGUAACUAAAACUUUUCAAUUUAUGAUAUUCUGCUUGAAAAAUGAGUGAAAUAGAGUAGUACUCGUAGAAAGAUUACCACAAGAAGAAAUUGAGCUCAAUUCGCACUGGCGAAAUAGCAUAAAUAAUUAAAAAUCGUAUUAGAACUAUUUUUUAUACUUAUCCUUUCGGAACCUUUUUACCGGUAAUGUACACUUCUCUAAGUUUUUAUCAUUCAUUGACAUGUGGUUCUAAAGGAGCGUAUAUCUUGGGUAGUGUGUAGAGUGCCAUUGGAAGAGCUAAAAUAAAAUCUCUAUUAAUGCUCUAAGAUAGAAGAUUAGAUUAGAGAGAGAGAGAGAGACCCAAGUUCGAGUCAUGUCGCGGUUAUCGUUGUGUGUACUUCUACACGUGAUUUUUCAAUAAUUACACGAGCAAUUUAUAUCAAUUGUCCGAGGAAGAUCUUUCACACGUCAGUUACGAGAGCAAAGACCUAUUUUUGAAAACGAAUAUCUUGAAAAACUACAACAGCGGGCAAUUUCAAAUUACUCACAAAUAUGAAAAAAUAUGUCUUCUAUCUAUUCAAUAUCAAAAAGUAUAUGGUUAAUCGAGCAUUAAAAAUACCAAAUUCAUAUAAACAGAUCCAAUAAUAGGAACACACAUUUAGGCAGGCAUUACGAAAGUAUGUGUGCACUCCAGUCAAUUCAAACGACGAUUUAUAAAGUAAAUAUCCGUGAAAAUUUUUAUUCGAGUAAUCAAGAGGCGCGGUAGCGGCUCGACGCCAAGUAUUAUCAACUAUACUUUGAUGAUUAUCGAAACAUUUGGUGAUUUCUUGUGAAUAUAUUUUUUUUCAAGAGCAUACGUUAAUCCGGCCUUGUAUCAUCAUGAGUGAGUAAAUUCUGAUAAAGUGCGGACUAAAUAAAGAAUUCAUCAUAUAGAUUAAUUUCGGUGAUCUAUCGAUGAUUUAUCGGAGUUGGUGAUAAGCUUGAACAUUUUUGAGCGUUUGGAGUGAAACUUUUUCUAAAAGUUCUACCAAAUAAAGAAAAUAGCUCCAAAAAGCCUCGUGAAUUUUCGAACCAUGAAAAAAAAUUAUAAUUUUAAGCUUCUUCUUUUUUACCCUAAUAUUCAUACCAAGUUCUAUCCAUUUUUUCCCUUACUAGCCAACUGGACGCAUGUAUUCAAGGUGACUACUGUAUUAUGCUAGGCAAAUAAGUGCUAACAUUUGCGAUUAUUCCCCACCAAGUUUCAUGUACCAAUUCAAGGUAGUGGAAAUAAAUUUUUCUUACGUGUUAUUAAGGUAGAUGAAUGUUUAUGAUGUUCAUUGCAAAAACAACGACUGUUAAAUGAUUUUUUAAUUGCAUAUUUGGUAAAUAUUCGGAAGUGUAGCUUGUCCCAAAAAUAAUAAUUUGAUAACAGACGAAAAAAAAUGUUUACCAUCAUUUUUGGGAAAAGUCGUAAUUCCCAAUAUUUGCCGCAUAUUUUUUAGUUUUUUUUUUUUAAUAAUAAUUCUUUUUUUGGAUUGAUUAUAUUCACAUUUUAUUUUGCUCUUCAAGUAGUAUUCUACGAUUUAAUUUAAUUUAACACCUAAUGGCGAAUUUGAUUUAAAAAAAAUGGAAAGAAAGAAUGCUUAAAUGAAAAGUAUUUUACGCGAAUUCAAUUAUUGCGUGCCUUUUAAGUAACACACAUCAAAACUGUAAACGUUAAUUUUUGUUUACUUCUCAUCACUCGAAAAUUUAUGAGUCUAGGAGUCUUAAAUUUUAAGCCAGUGUUCUUAUGUGGUAAAGAUACCAAAGACCAAUAUCCAUCUCGCAUUUCGUCAGAGGAAGGAAAUUUCAGUAUCUUUAUUUGACUGUAUAUGUUUUUAAAAAAAUCGAAUUCAUUACUAAUAUUUUUUAAGGAGUUUUUUUUCCAAAUAGUACUCGACAAUAUUUGUGCUCUAUUCCAAAGACAAAACGACGACAUGUGAGUGGUAUCUACAUUCUACCCUGUACAUUAAAUAGAAGAGGAUAAUAAUAGUACGUUAUGACGCAAUCUGUUGUAGAACUUUUCACAUUGCGCAUCAAUGAUUUUUCUCCAUGAGUACUUUUAUUUUUUCAGUAAACUUUCCAUGUCAAGUUUUUUUUUUGCUAUAGCCUAUAACCAGAGGCAGUAACGUCUCAAUCGUCUUGGUUUAUUGGUGGAAUUUUGUUGCGAUUUGAACAUAUACAUGUACGCACAGAUACUUGAUUGAUAUUCCGCUAAAUUGAUGACCCUACUACGUUCAAGUAACGACAGAGUUCUUAAGAGGGGGCUCCUUCAUAUAUAUAUGUAAGCUCAGAGUUCCGUAGCUCCUCUUAGUAUUGAGUCAGACAGUCCGCUCGUUUCUUGUGCGUUUAAUAAUCAACUCUUAAUAUUCCUGGUCUUAUAACAAACAGAGCAAUAAAGUUCAAUAAUAGAGAAAAAUAAACAUUAAAACCAUGAGUGCGUCCAAGAUAAUUCGUGCAAGUCUCGCACUUCUGGCGGGUAUCGCAGCUACUGUAUCGGCGACAAGACUAAGUGGAAGCGUAAAAGGACGAUCACAUUUUAUUCGACAAUGACCAAAAGCAGUAGAUAGACGCUUUGCGUUCCUUUUUUGGAUUUAAGGGCAUGAUUGCGUCAUACCAGCAGAUCUAUCAAAUUUUCCGGCAGAAGAAGUAAAUGUCGCAUGGCCGGAAACCAAUCAGGAUACUCUUCGCUUAGUGACAGUGGUGAUGCGACAUGGAGAGAGAGCUCCUGCCGAUACUUAUCCAAAUGACCCUCACGUUAACGAUACGAUGGAACCUUUCGGUUGGGGUCAACUUACAAACAAGGGACGACGAAAUGUAUAUUUAACAGGACUUUUCAUGCGAAGACGUUAUGGCGGGUACCUUGGAGAUACUUAUAGUCCACACAAAUUCUGGCUUCAGACAUCGUCAAUAGACCGGGCAAAAAUUACAGGUUCAAUCUUAUCGGCGGCUCUGUGGAAACCGAAUGGAAAACAGGCUUUUUCCCCUUACGCACAUUGGCAACCAGUUUCCCUGCAUUAUUGGGAACGACCGGAAGAUCGUCUUCUUAUAAUUUGGAAUGCGUGUCCUCGACUAACGUUGGAAAGAAUGCAAGUCGAGAACUCAACUAAAGUCAGACUUGUCAACAGCAAUAAUAAGCGCUUGUAUAAAGAACUAUCGAACCGAACUGGAUUACCGAUGAACGGAGCUGCAGAUAUCGCAUCACUGUAUAGCACACUGAAAGCAGAGGUAUCUAUGGAACUUUCGCUGCCUGAAUGGACGAAGGAAUUUUUUCCGGGGAGACUCGAAUCAAUAGCAUGUUUCAGCCUUUCUAUGAACGUUUUUACCGAUAAUUUACGCAAACUGGCUGGUGGGCCGCUGGUGACAAAAAUCGUGAAAAGCAUGAUAGCAAAAUCCUUAGGCAAGCUGAAACCUGAGGAGAGGAAAAUGUUUGUAUUCGUAGGUCACGACAGCACUCUCGUCAAUAUGUUGAGUGCAAUGAAAGUAUGGAAUGGUCAAGAUCCCGACUUUGGUUGCAUGAUAAUGAUCGAACUUCAUGAAAUCUGUGGUACCUACUACGUUCAGGAGUCAGGAAUCCUCUUUAUUGAGGACUUGAAGAGACGCCGGGUGGAGAAAUUGGGGAUUCGGAGGUUGAACCGACUGUUAGAAGAUGCCAAUUGCUUCUGUGCCUUUGGAUUGAGGUGGAUGAUGAAGGGUUGUCUGGGGUCAGUCCAUCCAGAGGAGGAUUGGGACCACCCUGCGUGGUCAUCACCUCGUGGCAUUUACGCCGCUUAUGACGAUGAUUAAGGAUGGGAAGGGAGAGGGGAAUUUAUAUUGUUUUUAUGUUUUUUUUUAUAUGUCACGUCCCGCGUGCGUUAGGGCACAUCCGCGGGGCGUGACGACGCUCUUGAGACUUGGCAACGGAGCGACCUUGGCUCGACCUCUGUGCGUCGCCUCGUGCCGUCGCGAGUUGUGGGCCUCGGAAUCCGCUGGCUCAGCAUCGCCUGACCCGGGUUUCGAGGAGGAAUAUCCUUGGGUGCGACCGGGGUGCUGACGGCGCGGGAAUAUCACGCCACGACGAUCGCUUUCGAGCAAUCGUCGCCGUGGCUGAUAUUCUCGGCCUUAGUUCCGUUUGAUCUUCUCAGACACUCGGUCGUCCCCACGGAUAACUCCGUAAGUUAGCCACUCGCGGCGGUUAAGUAAAACCUGAAAUAAAGGUGAAACCGCACAGAGGUCGUCAGCCUAACUUUCGUUAAUAACGCGUAGUGAGCAACGCACUGCCUCUUGCCUCACGGACGUUCUGUUGCCGAGUCUUGCAGACUCUUGUGUGCACCCCUCUAUCAAUCUUCUCUCACUUUUCAUAAUUUUUCGUUAUUUCCCUUCGGUGUGUGUGUAAGCGUGUGAGACCAUCGCGCGUCAAUUGUAGCGCGGUGCUGCGGUGUGCAGAGUGGAAAAGGGAGGGGAGAGUUGUCCCCUCAAAACCGAUAACUGUAAGUUUCUAUUUUCUGUUCAUGUUCUACGUUUCUCACUAUUUUCUUACUUUCAAUAAAUUUGCACUAUUUGUUCAAUAAAUUACAAGUAAUAAAUUGUCCGAGUUCUAUUGACACCUUGAGCGUUCCCGUCAACUUUCCUCGGGGCCCGUACGGGACCAUAGGCGAAUCUAAAAUCUCGGGAAAUCCUACGCUUCACGUAGGUUGGUGGCAGCACUACACAUAGACCGUCUCAAAUAAUCAUCAUCUUUGUUCGUCCCUUCUGGACGUAACAUAUAUAUAUAUUUUUGAGUUAAUGUAAUGGGGAGCUUGGUGUCUUUCCUUCUCUUAAUGGGAAGGGAGGAAUAAAUUUUGAAAGAUAA